CAUCUCACAGUGAACCUAGGCCCUUCUUUGAACCCCCAUCUCUCGAUCAUGCCGUCCAUAUCUACCGUUUCGGUGGCACAGUACCUGUUCACCCGCAUCAAGGAAGUUGGCAUCCGGUCCGUCCAUGGCGUGCCGGGCGACUACAAUCUGGUUGCACUCGACGACGUGCUGAAGGCGGGUCUCCGGUGGAUUGGGAAUUGCAAUGAGCUUAAUGCUGGGUACGCGGCCGAUGGCUACGCUCGGGUUCACGGGAUUUCAGCGCUGAUGACUGUCGCCGGGGUCGGGGAGCUGUCGGUCUCCAAUGCCAUCGCCGGCGCGUACGCCGAGUUCGUCCCGAUCGUGCACAUUGUGGGACAGCCGAGUUUGGCCCUGCAGAAGCAGAAGAAGCUCUUGCAUCAUUCGCUGGGCGACGGGGACUUCGAAAGCAUGGCCCGCAUAUCGCAACGGACGGCCUCAAAGAGCGUAAAGCUCCAAUGCGUCAACCAGGCGCCAGGGCUCAUCGACGCUGCAAUCACCCACUGCUGGAAGUCUAGUCGACCCGUCUCUAUCGUCUUACCUACGGACAUGGUGCAUGCGCCCGUCAUGGCAGAGAAGCUCUCCCAGCCGCUGGACAUGCUGGCCACGCCCAACGAUUUCGCCACGGAGCGGCGGACCGCCGAUGCCAUUCUGAGCGCACUUCGGACCGCCCGUCAGCCCAUCCUGUUAGUUGGAGGAUAUAAUGUCCGGUUCACGAAGAAGCGGGAGGUGCAGGAGCUUGCGGAAGCUCUCGGGCUGCCAGUCUUUCUUUCGGCGUCUGGGAGAGGCAUCAUUGACGAAGAGCACCCCUGCUUCCGCGGAUUGUAUCUAGGGGACUGUUCCGAUCCAUACACAACCCAAACGGUCCGGUCGUCGGACCUGAUCAUCUCCGUCGGCAAUAUCCAUUCGGAUUUGAACGUCGCCUCCGUGUCGUGGGAGUUUGAUCCCAUGAAGAUGGUUGAGAUCCGCGACGGACUUGUGCAGGUCCAGAGCAAGGCCUACUACGGGCUGAACAGUCCGGGCCUUCUGCAGACUCUCAUCAAUCAGACAAAAGAGUCGACCCAGCCUAAACGACGCAGCACUCCGGUUACUGUGCAGUCUAGCGAUGCUACACGCACAAAUCAGAUCUACGCACCUCCCAAGAUCACUGCCGCGAUCAUAGACCGCGAGCCAACCUACGGCGGUGGGGUGGUGAUGCAUGGGAUGCUGACACGCAAGUCCCAUACGCUGAGCUACCGAGAGAAGACCGGAGUGCUGAAUCACGACUGGCUCUGGCCGACCCUAAGUGACUGGUUGCAGCCCGGGGAUACGGUCAUUGCCGAGACCGGCACCGCCAACUUUGGUAUCUGGUCGACCCGGUUCCCUCGCGACGUCACAUAUAUCAGCCAGUAUGUUUGGGCGAGUGUGGGCUAUUCCCUGGGCGCCUGCCAGGGGGCUGCAGCAGCCAUUGAGGACUCAGCCCGCCCCGGUCGACGCACGGUCCUGUUCAUCGGCGAUGGAAGUUUCCAAUUUACGUGCCAGGAGUUGAGCACGAUCGUCAAACACAAUCUGACCCCGAUCAUCUUUGUGAUCUGUAACAACGGAUACACCGUGGAGCGGCUGAUCCACGGAUGGCAUGAGUCGUACAAUGACGUUCAGGAUUGGAAAUAUCGAAAGCUUCUGGAGGUGUUUGGGGCGGAGCGUGGUUCCUAUCAGACAUAUCAGAUCCGCACCAAGGAGGAGCUGGCGGCGCUUCUGCAAAAUCCCGCGUUCCACAAUGGGCGAAUGCUUCGGUUCGUCGAAUUACAUAUGGAUCAGAAUGAUGCACCGUCGGAGCUGAAAACCCUCACUCGGCAAAUAGUGACCCGGGCAAGGCAUCCGCCAGACUCCAGGCAAGGGGAACGAGUAGGAUCGAAGUGA